GGGAUAUCCUAAGAUCUCUUACAGCUCUGGCUUCUUCCCCGAGACGUCCUUUUCCAGAUUCUGGUUCGUCUUGGAGGCCAAUCUAGGGGGAAGCUAAGCUGCGUUUCCAAAAUAUUCCGUUCCAUAUUUACCGAUCUAAGUUUCAUAGAGUUUCAACGAAAUUGGUUAGCGGCUCUUAACCAAGGCACAACCAUUCUCUUCUCUGUUCUGUCUACGUUUCUGACGGGUUCUCAUGACCCACCCGGGUCUCUUGACCCACCCGGGUCUCUUAUGCUCAAUUGCACGCCAGAGCAGUUUUACACCAUAAAUUACGAAGGAAAUCAGACCGAAAAGCUCAUUCAAGCAAAAAGUGUUAGGCAUACGGACGGACGAUGGUUCCAAUAUGGCAGAUCUAUGUCUUUUGCCAAAGAUCAUAUAUGUUUCUUCAACGAGCAUUUAGAAUUGAUGGUUUUUAACCUUAUAGCAGGACAACACACCGCUCUCCCGAAAACUCCGUCCGGCAGUGGGCAUCUUUGUGCGCUUUUGGGUUAUGACGGCGUUUCGGGAAGACACAAUGUUUUGAAGGCGGAGGCUAACUUUAACUCGAGGACACUGAAGUAUUGGGUGUUCACACUGGGCGUGGAUGAAACGUGGCGGGAGAUUAAGAGCCCUGUGAUGUUUUACCUUAGCAAAAGUUUCAUGAAUAGUGUUUGCAUUAACGGUGUGAUCUAUUCCUACAAUAAGAUGUAUGGUCAUUCCAAGCUAGUGGCAUUCGAUGUUAGGUCUGAGAGUUUCCACCCGAUACCUCUCCCUCCAGCAACAUAUGAAUAUUUCAGGAAAUUAUCGUUGGUAGAAUUGGACGCGCGGUUUGCUGUCAUGUAUGUCCACCAGAACAAGCUGGUUGCUUGGAGUUUGGAGACCGCACGAUCAUGCUGGAAGAAGCACACUUUCUCCUUUCCAUUAGAGAAAGGGGUUCUGGGGCCAGGCGGUGGCUUUUUUCCCAGGACUUUUAUUACUGCUACUCCAGCUGGGGAAAUCGUAUUGUUGUUAAUGCUAAAUGGAACACCCUCUCUAUGGGUUUUACUGGAUAAGUUCGGGCCAGACCCUGUUUGGAAGGAGUUUCGAAUUAGGGGGCUUGCUGACAUUCCUACCGGCAUGUCGAAAAUGUCCGGAGUUGCGGCUGCGCAAAACAUUGCCCAUGAUCACAUUCACUUGGAAUAAUCUUUCCGGAAAACGCCAUACUGGUACAAUAUGUAGCAAACAAUGCAUAUAGAAGAUGCUAUUAAUGAGGAAUCGAUACAUGAGGUAACUAUUAUUAUACGAUAGUAUUAUAUAAUUGUUGCGAUUUGCACUAACUAUUACUCCCUCCGUCCCAUAAAAUUCUUCCCACUUUCCUUUUUGGGUCGUCCCAAAAAAUUCUUCCUACUUUCCUUUUUUGGACAAUUUGUGUGGUUCACAUUCAUUUCACCUUUUUUACACAACCACACAUUUUCACUUUAUUCCACUUUCUUAAUCUCCGUGUCAAGUCAAACUUGGAAGAUUUUUCUGGGACGGAGGAAGUAUUAUAUAUUAUUGUAUCAAUAUUUUAACAAUUGUAUCCACACAGGGGGAAGUAAUACAAAUCCUCCAAUGGCAGUUGAAGUUGAUGGGGGAGGGCAGUACUAUCGAGGCUGAUCUUGAAAGAAUGGAUGCAAAUAAUGAUGAUGGCAAUGGUGAGAAAGAUGAUGAUAUGCCUACAUUUCACAUAAGACUACAAAAGCUCAUACGGAUUUUGAAGAAGUGGUUUUAUCGAAUGGAUCUAACAAGUAUAAACGUGUAUACCGCAAGAAAUUGCUUUGUAGACCUGAUACUAAACUUCUCAUCUUUGGAAUCAUUUCAAGAGGUGUGAACCGUGAUACAUUGAAGCUUGACACGAAAAAGCAAAUGAACUUGCAAUUCCAUCCAUCAAAGUCCAAGUUUGAGAUGAGUCCGUUAUCAAAUGGCAAGUAUGAUCAUUUGAAGCAAAGAGAAGCAACUGCUAUUAGUCAAAUAGUCAUUAAGGAACUGUUAAUUAUAUUGUUGCAUUUCUCAUUCUCCCAUUAGUUAAUUAGUUAAUUGUUAUAUUUGUCAUUAAAGUAUUAAAGUAGUUAAUUGUUUAAUUAUUAAAGUAGUUAAUUUCUACCUUUCUCAAUACUUUAAAAAACUAGUUAGUUGUUACAUUUUUCAUUUCCCUAUUACUUAAUUAGUUAAUUGUUACAUUUGUCAUUAAA